GAUGUAAUUCAUAUCUAUAUUAGGGCUUCAGCCCAUAUUUUAUCCGAAAGUACCAAAAUAUGUCUCAAGUUGAUGGCCUGUUUGCUAGCGGGCUGACUCUCACAAGUGAUUUCCUCCUCUCUUAAAACCUUUUUCCACAUCGACUUAUUGGCAAGUUUAAGUUUUGUUUUACCCGCAAAUAUGGAGGCAAAUUUGUGUACUAGAGAUUGGCUUUGCGAGCAAGAAGUGAAUCAGAGUACGACAAGGAUGAAAUUGCAGCUGUAGCUUCAUUAACUUGGUUCGCAUUGAUAGUGGUGAAAAAGAUGUCUGCAUAUGGAGUUGUGUGUUUUUGGGUAUAAGAAUUGCUAAACAUUUCAAUGCAUAAACAGAAAAGAGCCAAGAGUUGAUGUGUUUCACGGAGCUGGAAAUCAAUUUAACCGUUUUAGAGUCCUUUAUAUGUCAAAUACAAUAUUUGGGAUUUCGUACAAGACUAAUGAUAAUUGUGUUUCCCUUACAAGGUCUAUGAGAAGGCAAUACUACAAGGUCUUGGAAUACCUUGGGUAUAACAAUUGCUAGGAGUAGGCAUAUUCCUAUCAAAUUGUUAAUAUUGAUAUGUCAAUUAUCUUUCAGGGAUUUAUAAACUUCUGUAAAACCCAAAAAGAGGAAAUGAUAUCUUUUAAUUAUGUUAUCUUAUUUAUGACUCCAUCUGCAACAUUAUUAGAUAGUUUGUUAUCGAAUCUCAUUUUGCUUCAGUGAUCAUGUAAACCGAGUGGAUAUUUUGAUGCAAGUUGAAGUGCUUUUUUUUUUUUUGGCAACUAGGUUCCAUUGUCUAUUGCUAAUGAGACUUUAGGAGAAACAGCAAACAAAAGCCAUAAGAACAUUCUACCUUUAGCUGCUACAAGUAAUAUAACCUAACACACUACAAUUAAUAGAGCUCCCACUCUUGUAGCCAUAUAAAUUGGAUAAAAUGGGUCAACCCCGUAUUUUAACUGACCCAACUCGCUCAUUUACCACCGUAUCAAUAAAUACUUAUCCACACCGGGUGUUUAUGCAAAUUCAUGUAAUGUUACUGUAUAUUCACACACAUGACAUGCAUUCAUUGAUUUGAUGUAAAUACCCGGUGUGGAUAAAUUUUUACCCACCACUAUUCACAUGUAAAGAUUGAUUAAAGUGAGUAUAAUUUUCUUUUUUCUUUUAGUAAUGGAGAAGUAAAUGAAUGAUUUUGUUUUUGUUGAAUAAAAUUAUUGAUGAUGCUUGACUGAAGAAGUAUAAUUAAACAUGGUGGAUAUGGAAAUUUUCAUGGCGAUUUAAAGAUUAAUUAAUUCACAGAAGGAAAAAAACUUCUAUAACUUAUGACUAAAAUCAACAAAAAAGUUCUAUUAUAUAUGUUUUCAUUGUUAAUAAUUGUUACUUUCACCAAAAAAAAAGUUGUGUUAACAAAUGGUUGUAUAUGUAAAGUUAUUAUGUAUAUAUCGUUAUAGUCUUAAUAUCAUUUUCUCCUUUCAUAAUACUUUUUGUGAAACUAGUUACAUAAAAAGUGUUGGAGUUAAUAGGGAAAAACAUUAAAACUUACCACAAUAUAUUCAAAUUAUAAACAAGUUUCUAAAAGUUCAUUUAUUUAUUUUUAUGACUCCACGAAGCGCGGCAAAUUCACUACUUAAAAUAAAUAAAUUUGGAUUCAUGAAAUUUAAUACAUUGACUUUUCUAGGGAUAAAAAUUUGUUUAGUUUUUGCUAAACUGUUCGAGCGACACAUGAUUUUGGGCCUUUCCUUGAAUCUUAGUCCAUUUUGGUGAACACCACGUCGUAUAUGUGAGUCCAACUGCUAAAUUUUUGCGAAAAUUGGGCAAACAUGACCCUCUUUUUGUCCCAUGUUCUUUAAAGUCAGUUGUGGAUCAAAUACCAGUACUAAAACAAAACCACCUUAGGAGUUUACAUAGUCUCUCCUCCAAAUCCAACAAUGGCGAUGAGCAAAGCUAAAAAAAACUUACCUGAAGAAAUCAUAUUUGACAUACUCUACCUGCUCCCUGUUAAGUCCAUUGGCCGCUGUAGGUGUGUUUCAAAGCAGUGGAACAAUUUUCUCUCAGACCCACAAUUCAUCAAAUCACAUUUCACCCUUCAUGACCAUAAACAAGAAGAGAAACUCAUUCUUGCCACUUGGUUGAGCCAACUACACACCGUCACCUUUUAUGAAAAUGAAAUCGAUGAUGAAAUUGAUGGUAUUUCAAGAAAGCUUAAUUUUGAGCAUCUUUCAGGUAACUGGGUUACUGUAGCUGGUUCUUGUAAUGGUUUGGUCUUGGUUGUUGAUAGGGAAAAUAUUAUAUUUUUAAUCAACCCCACAACCUUAAAAUACCAUAAAGUUCCAGUCUUUGAUUUGUCUCUUCCUCUGUUAGGUAGAAAUAACAGACGUAGCUGUAACAUGUAUGGCUUUGGUUAUGAUGUUGUUAGUGAUGAUUAUAAGGUCGUUAAUCUUUCUUAUUACGAUACGAAUCAUAGUGAAUAUAAGGCUGACACUUUUGUGGAUAUGUAUUCUGUGAGAAAGGGUGUUUGGAAGAGACUUGAGACUCCUUAUGAUCAUUCACUUACUGACCUUGCUUCUGGGGUUUUGGUUAAUGGGGUUUUGCAUUGGUUGGCUUGUAGAAAAACUGAAUAUUCAACUGUAAUUGCUGCUUUUGAUUUAACUGAUGAGAAAUUCUUGGAGCUACCAGGACCCAUUGAUCUUGGUAAUAAUUGCUUUAUGUGUAAUCUUGCGGUUAUUAGAGGGUGUCUUUCUAUAUCCACCAGUAUAUCCCGAGACAAAAACACAAUUACAUUUUGGAUGAUGAUAGAGUAUGGGGUUAAGGAGUCUUGGACCAAAUUUAAGAUUACAGAACCGGAUUUGGAUGAUUCUCUUGGUACACUAUUGUGUUCCAUUACUGAUGAUGAUCUUUUAUUGGAUGUUGACGAAGAAUUGGUUGUCUACAAUAUGAGAGAAGAGCAGCGUAGGGAUCUGAUGAUUGAUGUAACUCCUGUUAUGUAUGAAGUUCGAACUUUUAGGGAGAGUCUUCUCUCUCCUUCCUUUGGCAACGAAACUGAGGGUUAAUGUAUUUCUUGAUGCACAAGAUGAUGUUGUAUACAGGAAUUAAUCUGCUUCUGUGGACAUGUUCCGGUGCUUCUAUUGAAUGGGAUGUUAUGUUUGUGCAGAGGCCUGAAUCUCUACUCCUUCAUUAUGAUGUUAUAAAGUUUUUAAGAUUUUAAAUCUGAAGAAAGACCAUCAUAAAAGCAGUACUGCCGCAAUGUCUGGAGAAAAGUUCCCUUUUGAGCAGACCCUCAUAGUUGAGAUUUAGUUUGUAAAUAUCAGUUGAAUUUCUGCACAUUAGAUGAGUAGAUGAUCUGAAAGCAGCAGCAUUGUCCUUUGUAUUGCAGUACCAGAAUUUCUAAGUUUGCUAUGUUUUAGCUUAUCAGAAAUAACUGUGUUCAAUUCUCUUUUUUCUGUUGCUGGCUGGAAAAUGUUACACCACUUAUUUCCUGGA